AUGGCAAACCAUGGUGGAGAUGUCCCGACUGUACCUUCGCCAAUCUAUCAACUUCCAGAAUGGGAGACGAUAACUCACCCUCCUAGACCUCGUCAGUCUCUGCUAGGCCGUAUCCUUCCUUCGAGGGAUGCUCUGGAUGAACCAUUAUCUGUUUCGGUUCAACGCUCAACAACCGCGGACCUUGAGCAAGCCAAAGAAGAAUCUGGUCGAGCGUCUACGCUCCCAACAUAUCCUCCUUCGACUGCUGAGAAUGACACGACACAAUCUAGGCUUGUUUCUUCGUUGCGCAAGCGUCUAGAUCUGGUAUUUCCGCCACAUCGAACCUACUUCGGACGCUCGCGACGUUUUCUGUUUCUCUGCAUUUUCCUUCCUGCCGCCAUCUUCCUCUUCGUCAUUACCCCUCUGGCUAUCGGCCUUGGCGUUGGUCUAUCGCGUCGCUCGUCUAAGGCUCAAAACUUGCCUCUUCCUAGCAACAAAAGCGUGUUUACCGGCGACUUAACAUACUACGAACCAUCUCUGGGUGCGUGCGGCGUGCAGUCGAACAGCGGUGAGAAUAUUGUCUCCGUAUCUCACAUUAUCUUCGAUGCUGCGAGCCAAGGGUCUGAUCCGAACGCGAAUCCACUUUGUGGGAUGAAGAUCAGAGUUACAAGAGACUUUGUCGAAGCCGGCGUGGGGAACCGGAGUGUAGACGUUACCGUGGUAGACCGAUGUGUCGGUUGUGCGGCUACAGAUCUAGAUCUAAGUAUUGCCGUGUUUGAGCAACUGGCGUUACCUGGCACCGGAAGAGUGGUUGGAAACUGGGCGUGGAUGAGCUGA